AUGGAAUAUCUGGUUUUAUCACAAUGUCAAAUAGGAGUCAAAGAGUCACAGAAUAAAUAUAAGAGUCACUUGGUAUGGGAUGAGUUGGUGUUGUCUCUUUCAUCUUUCCCUGAUAAAAUGGGCGGAAAGCUUCAAAAUCAGAACAGUGAAUUAUUUUAUCCUAAUCAGUAUAUUGGUAUUAUAUGUAAAAGUAUUCUGAAUGUAUUAAAAGAUGUUCACACAGAGUUAAAGAACAACAUCAGUUGUAGUUUAGAAUUCAUCAGUAGACUAAUAGGAAAGUUGUGUCUCACCGGAUACGCAGAUCUGCUAUGGAACUAUAUGAUACCAGUAUUAUCUGUAUAUAUAAAAGAAGAUUAUCUAUGGUGUAGAAUAUGUGAACGUAUAGUAACAGGAGUUCCCGAUAAAUCUAUAGAAAGUGUCUUGGUUCCGUUAUUACAAAAGAUUUCAUGGUUUAAACUAGUGGCUAAGUUUCUCGGAGAUUGUAUUUUGACUAAUAAAAAAGUCCAGUAUUUAUUAUGUACCAAAUUACUAUUUCACAGAUAUUUUGAAGAGACCAAGUUGUUAGAAAAUAUUAUAGGUUAUUUAGCCUCUUCUCAUACUAGACGUCACUUAUAUUUAGAGGUCAUGAGAAAUUUAUUAAAUGUAUGGGGUGAUAGUAGUGCUAUAAAACAUACAUCAUAUUCUCAACAUUAUUUUAUAUCAAGAGCUUUAAUGAUUAGUUUAGCAUAUUUAACAGAGAAGGAGAAAGUUAUUUUGAAGGAUGAAUAUAUAAGAAUAUUAAUGAAAGCUGUAGAAUGUCAUAUUGGCAGUCCAGAUUAUAAGUUAAGAUCAUUAGGUAUGGUUGUAGCAGAAACGAUAACCUCUACACUAGAUCCUACAGGUCCUAAACUACAAUUUGAGGUAUUAUGUGAUGUGAAGUUUUUAAGUGUAUUAGAAAUAUUUUACAGAGAAAUAAAAGAAGAAUCUAAGAACGAAAGUAUUAUAAAAACAGAAGAAACAAGAGAAAAUAUUAAAGAAGAAAAGCAGCACGAAGAGUUAGAUAGGUUAAGCCCUAUGAUAUGUUAUCUUUACAGUGAUGAUGAUCUCGAGCCCUAUGAUAUGUCUAAUGAUGUUAAAACAAGUAAAGCUAAAACACCUAAAUAUAUAAGAGAUUGUAUGGAAGGGUUGAUUGGUUCUGAAGAUGGGGAUAAAGUAGAAUCCUGCUUAUUUUCUGCAGAGUCUUUGAUUAGAAGAUCACCGGAUGGAUUACAAGAGAUAGCAGGAGAGUUUAGUAAGAUAUUACUGCAUCUACAAGAUAAUUUCUGUACACCAGGUUUUAUAGCCGUUAGAUUUGGUGCUAUGGUGGCACUAGCUGUACAUUGUCCAGUGGAGGUUUCAGAAUAUUUAACUAGUCAGUUUUAUGAGAAGAAUUAUAACUUAAGACAGAGGAUGGAUAUUUUAGAGGUUUUAUCUGCUGCUGCUCAAGAAUUAGCUAAACCAGUCGAUAAAUCAAAAGUCAAAGAAAAACCAAAAGUGGAAGAAAUCAAACCGAAUCUGGAUCCAGAAUCAUGGAGAGAAAUAGUAGAUAAGAGAAUAGAGAGUAAGACUAGACGAUUUAUUAAAGGGAGGAGUAAACCGGAACCGGUUGCGGUUGCUAAUCGGUUUGCACCAGUUGCUGGCAACUUCUUCUUUCCCCUAUUAAGAUUCUUUGACAGAAAGGAGAGUAGUUUUGAUUUAUUAGGAGAGGAUUGUGUUGUUUUAAGGAAGAUGGUGUUCUCUCUAGGAAUAAUACUCUAUUCAGCUAUACAUAUACCGUUGGCUCAGCAGAUGUGUAGAACUUUAUUAGAAUUUAUUUGGGCAAUAAGAUUCCAUACUGACAGUUCUGUGAGACAAGCUAUAUUAUUCUCUACCUCUAUGAUAAUACUAGUUUUACCAUCAUAUUGUAUAAUGUCUGAAUUACAAGGUGAAAUGAUGGAGACUAAGUCAUGGUUAGAAGAUAUAGUAGAUAAAGAUCCUGAUACAGAGUGUAAGAAAAUGGCUCUUCAAGCUUUAGUUUUAUUACAGAAUACUAUUAAACAGGUUAGACUAUUGUGA